AACAGGCGUUCUGAACUGGGCUUGAACGCGGUAUAGGAAGUGAUAAAUAACCGUUCGAUUUCCCACCCCAAGAACUGACUCCCGAGGAGGAUUCAUAGUUCGUCGCCGAGGCAUUUAAUCUGUUUUUGAACCCGGAACUACCAAAGCUUGAAAGUUCAAUCACACUCCAACAAUCAAAUAAAGGGGCAAUAUUAAAAUGAAAACGCCCUCGCUGCUCCGUCUCGGAUGGGUGUUGGGAGUGGCACUCGUCGUAGCUUGGGGGGUUUCCGCCUUUCCGGCGCCGGCCGAGGCUGAGGGCAUAGCGCUCAGCAAGCGGCAGCAAUCCCCGUCGGGCGGCCAGUCGGGAACGACGCUCAGCGAGGAUAUGACAAUUAACGGGCACCGGACCCGGACUUUCACGUGGACAAUCGACAAGACGGCUAACCCAACCGUACUCAAUCUGGUCCAAGGUCAGAGUGGCACCGUGGACUACACGGUGACGGUGACCAAGGACGACGGGACUGUCCGCACCUGGAUCGACGGACAGGUCUGCAUCCAUAACGGUGGCAGUGUUGCAACUGAGAACCUCCAGUCAACCCUUAAGGUGACGCAGCCGCCGUCCUCUACGGUCAUACUGAGUCCGCAGCUGGAUGUGUCGGCUAAGCCGGUCCUGGCUGCCGGGGAGAGCUACUGCUACCCCUAUAGCAUCGACAUCCCGAGCGCCAACAGCGGCACCUACAAGGUGACGGCCGAUACGACAAUUACCAAUCACUCCGGGCACUUAGGAGUACCGUUUGGGCCGAACGAGUCCGCCACCACAACGAUUCCAGCGACUGAGACGCUCGUGCAUAACUCCGUAACGGUCUCCGACACCCUCCAGGGCUCGCUAGGGCAGUUUUCCGAUGACGGGACAAAGUCCUACACCCGCACAUUCACCUGUGCUAACGAGGGAGAGAAUCCCAACACCGCCUCCAUCACCUACGACGACGGGUCGCCUGGGCCCAGUGAUCCGGCAACGGUGACAGUCAAGUGCACUGGCGGCGGCGGCGGCGGCGGCGGCGGCUGCACGCGGACGAUCGGCUACUGGAAGAAUCACCCCGAGGCCAUCACCAGCCCAACGAAUCUACUACCGAUCUGGCUCGGCACAGAAGGCGGGUCGAAGAGCGUCAAGGUGGAGAGCGCAGCUCAAGCCGUCACCAUCGAGGGUAUCCCCACCGCUAGCAACGGCAUUGACAAGCUGUAUGCGCAGUUGCUCGCCGCGAAGCUCAACAUCAAAAGCGGUGCGGACGGCUCCGCUGUUGCAAGUACCAUCCAGGCUGCGGACGCUUUCCUCGCCACUUAUAAUAGCGGGGACUGGGCCAGCCUCACCAAUGCGCAAAAAAGCCAAGUAAAUGGCUGGGCCACCACGCUGGACAAUUAUAACAAUGGUGUCACCGGUCCGGGCCAUUGCCCCUGAGACUGAACUGCUCAAAGCUUUGUCUGUUGGGAAACGAUUGUUGAACUGAUGUUCUGCCGUUGGAUGCGAGGGAAGGGAGGUAUCCAUUUCGGAUUUGAUUAUG